CCACGGCAAAAUUCCACCCCAGCGAUGACGUCACCCUGAGUUAGUGCGAUUCGCUACAGCAAAGCGGCGCCGCAGCGUGCCACAGAGGGUUGCAACUCGGACUUGGUGGCCCUAUUCAGCCGCAAAACAAACCACGACGUACACUGAGAAGUGUAUCUACCACUGGAGCCACAGGUGCAAAAGCGCAGUAUCCGUGCAGAGGAAGGGGAGGAGGAGGAGGAAGGAGGAAGGGGCUGCUCAAUCCCAGCAGCGAUCAUCUUGAGAGUGAGUUUGUAAUGAACAUGUGGUGCUUGGGCCCCCGAGGUGGUGGCCGGCCGAAAGCCGCAAUGACGAGCGAGCCGCCCUAACCAACUACUCUCCGGGCACGCGCCCUAGCGCCAAUCGAGGUCCUCCAGAACCGAUGGGACGGCCACCCACCACCCACCCCAAAGCCAACGCCCAGCACCGUCGCCGGCCGUGCAGCCAAUCAGCAUAUCGCCACUUCGCAAAUUGUCUAAACAUGCAACGUGCACAACAUAAAAAACUAGACAUGCAUACGCCCACGACUGGAGAACCACGAGGAAAGCGGGGGAACGCCAACCAGAAUGGAGGACAGCGGGAGGUGGACAGAGACGUGCCAACCCUCCAAGAUGCCAUCGCGGCGGCCCAGCAGGCUACGUAGGCGGGGGCGGCUCCCGCAGGUACACAGUCCUGUAUUGCGGCGCAGCUCUGCAGCAGCUCCUGGAAGGUGGGCGGCCGCAUUGCUUCCCCAUCAGGUCGAGACUGGGCCUGUACGAGCUCGCUGUCACGCAGCACGGCACCCUCGAUGAACUCAGCCAAGGCCCCCUCCAAUCCCAGCUCCUGCAUCGGCGUCGGCUGCGAGGAACCGGGCGCGCCUGCUGCGUCGGCGCCGGCAUCAGGUGCGCCAAACGCCUGGGCAGCCAGCCCGGGUGGAGCAACUGCCGGGGCUGUGGCCGCCUCGAGCGCCUGCUCCAAGCGGAUCGCUGUCCCUCCCGCCGGUGCUGCGCCCGCGGCGCCGGCGGGAGCCGCUGCGCCGGUGGCGACCGCAGCAUGCGUUGCGCGGAGGGCGGCCAUUGCGGCAGCACUGGCGUUUUCAGAUCUGCGUCUGGCCGUGGCGGCGAGGGGCCCUUCCUUGGGCUGGCCGCCGGAGGGUUGAAACUUCUGGGAUGAAACUCCGCCAUUUUGACAAUCUUCAUAUCUAAUCAAAA